AUGGCAACCCAAAACACACCUCGCGCCAAAGCCCUCACCCUAAUCUCAACCUUCCGCGCUCUCGACUCCCAGACGCUGGUCGUUCUCCUCCAUGAGAAAUGUGUCUGGACCAUGUUCCCCACCUCAUUGGGCUUCCCACCCCAGACCCGCGACCAGCAGGUCUCCCGCCUGGGCGAGAUGUACUCCAGCGGCAUCCUCGCCUCCUUCCCUGUGGAGCCGCUGGAAGUCAUCGAGAGCGUGACACAGGAUGGGAAAGCAAUGGUCAGCGUGCGCUGCGAUGGGGGGAUCGUGUUGAGUGAGCGGACCAGAGCCCUACUCGCAGAAGACAAAGAAGGUGCUCAACUGCUAAGUGGAAGGAACGCGGACAGCAAAGCUGGCAGAGUAGAUGUUCGGAACGAGUGGCAUUUCACGUUCUUCUUCGACAGCAGCCCGGAACAGGAUGGCGGAGGCAAGAUUGAGCGGGUGUGGGAGUUUCUGGACGGGGAGGCGACGCAGCAUUUGGUCAAGGUUUUGGGGAGGGCAACGACCUUGGUGCAGGGUGGGGACUGA